AUGGGCUCAAGUUCGAAAAUGACUUUGUUCCCAUGGGAUCCCAAUUCGGACAUUCAUCUGAAAUGCCUUGUGUCACAACGAGCCGAAUGCGGUUGGGACAAGGGAAAAGUUGAAACAAAAUGGAAGAAGCAACAGCUCAAAGGUGAAAAAUGUAUCUAUUGGAUUAACGAUGAAAUCCUUCAAGAUACAGCCACAACAAUCAAUGCUGUCUCACGUCAGCCGACAAAAGAAAACUUCAUCCCUAUUGGCCACAUUUCACUGGAUUCCAAGAACCCCGAUGUAGAGCAAAUUGAGCUUAACCUGCCAGUUGAGAAUGUCUUCUGGAUAAAAACAUUCUUCAUCAGGCGGUCCAUCCAGGGCAAGGGAAUUGGACGAGCUGCAAUGGAUGAGGUCGAGUCCAUGGCAGUCCGAGAACCACUACUAGCCAAGAUAUUGAUGCUAGACACGGUUCAGAAAGAUGAUCAGAAGAGAGAAGAUUUUGCGAAGGUAACAUAUGGUGGUAUUCCAAAGACAACGAACGAGGAAUGGUAUGCUCGUCGAGGUUAUCAAUUGAUCAAGACUGUGAAGGACUAUUACCGGGAACCAGAUAGAAAUGGGAAGGUUUGGGAUAUGAGGACGGUUUUUAUGAGAAAAGAUAUUGCAGAGUGUCAGUAA